GACCUCAUCGCCGGCGCAUUCCCGGCGGCGCGGAGCGGCGCGGAGCAGCGCGGAGCUGUGCGCACCCGGUGCGCGCCCCGGUGCGGGAUGCGGGCCCCGCGGCACCGCCAGCGGCCGCGCCAGCGGAAAACCCGCGGAGCGGCGCGGCUGGCCCCGCCAGGGUUCAGCACAAUGAGUCGGCACCCUGGGCACUAGCAGCGUGAAGAGCCUGGGACGGGAGCUGCCCCGCUCGCACCUCACCCCAUCACUGCUUCCCCUGGGGGAGACGGGUGCCAGCCCCUCCCUGCCCUCGCGCCCCUUGCCCCCGCUCGCCGCAGAGGGGACGGGCCCGGUAUGGCCGGGGACAGGCUCCCACGCAAAGUGAUGGAUCCGAAGAAGCUGGCCAGCCUCCUGAGGAACGGGGCGGAGGGCACCCUGGUCAUCGACAGCCGCUCCUUCGUGGAGUACAACUCCUGGCACGUCCUCAGCUCCGUCAACAUCUGCUGCUCCAAGCUGGUCAAGAGGCGGCUCCAGCAGGACAAGGUCUCCAUCACGGAGCUCAUCCAGCCCGCCUCCAAGAUGAAGGUGGAGGCAGAGGAGCACCAGGACGUGGUGGUCUAUGACCAGAGCACGCGGGACGUGACCGGCUUGGCUGCCGACAGCUUCCUCUCCAUCCUCCUGGGCAAGCUGGACAGCUGUUUCCACAGCGUCUCCAUCCUCACAGGAGGCUUUGCCACCUUCUCGUCCUGCUUCCCGGGGCUCUGCGAGGGGAAGCCCGCUGCCAUCCUGCCGAUGAGCAUCUCCCAGCCGUGCUUACCCGUGGCCAACGUCGGCCCCACACGCAUCCUGCCACAUCUCUACCUGGGCUCCCAGAAGGACGUCCUGAACAAGGACCUGAUGACGCAGAACGGGAUAAGCUACGUCCUCAACGCCAGCAACUCCUGUCCCAAGCCAGACUUCAUCUGUGAUAGUCACUUCAUGCGCAUUCCUGUCAAUGACAACUACUGUGAGAAGCUGCUUCCCUGGCUGGACAAAUCCAUUGAAUUCAUUGACAAGGCCAAGGUGUCGAGCUGCCAGGUGAUUGUGCACUGCUUGGCAGGGAUCUCCCGGUCAGCCACCAUUGCCAUCGCCUACAUCAUGAAGACCAUGGGUAUGUCGUCAGACGAUGCUUACAGGUUCGUUAAGGACCGCCGCCCGUCAAUCUCACCCAACUUCAACUUCCUGGGCCAGCUCCUGGAGUACGAGAGGAGCCUGAAGCUCCUCAAGGCCCUGAAAGCCCAGGGCGACCGGGGAGAGGGAGAGGCCCCGCAGGACCCAGCCGAGGUGUCCGAGGGCGGCAGGCACCCCGCACCGUCUACCUCAGAGAAGGUCGAGGAGGCACCGAGAAGCACAACCUCCGCACCCCCCCCCAGCGACCCCGAGAGGCAAGGUGGGCCUCCCAAGAUCUUGUCACCCACGGCGCUGCAGCAGGGACUCAACGGCUUGCACCUCUCCUCGGAGCGCAUCCAGGACACCAACCGCCUGAAACGCUCCUUCUCCCUGGACAUCAAAUCCGCCUACUCCCCCGGCCUGCGGCAGGACCCCCCGGGUCCCCCCAGCACCGGGGAAGCCCCCAAGCUCUGCAAGCUGGACAGCCCCUCGGGGCCAAAUGGCCAGUUCUCCCCGGUGCCCGACAGCCCCGACCGACCCAGCGGUCCCGACCUCCUGCUGGAGGCCAAGGUGAGGCAGCGGCGCAAACACCGGCACGCAGCGGGCUCGCCGGCCCACGGGCUCAGCCUCAAUGUCGGCACAGCCCGCAAGAGCCCCGGGACAGAGGAGAGCCUCCAGCAGCCGCCGAGGCUCAGCCUUCCUGGCCCACCACCAUCCUCCAACGGCUCCUGGGGAGGCGUCCACCUGGAGUCUCCCAGCACCCCGUCCUCUGAAGGAGGCUGGUACUUUGGCACGGACUCAGCCGGCGGUAGCGGCGGUGGUGGCGGCGGUAGCACCAGCGGUGGGACGUUGUUCACCGGCACCAGCCCGUACCCCCCGUUCGGGUGCAACGGGGUGCCGGGGGGCUGCGAGAUCAGACUGAGGGACAAGCAGCGGGCAGAGGCGCGGGACGGGAGGCACAGCUGGCACGAGGAGGCCGGCGCCGAGAAGCAGUUCAAGAGGAGGAGCUGCCAGAUGGAGUUCGAGGAGACCAUGUCCGAGGGCAGGUCCCGGGAAGAGCUGGGCAAAAUAGGCAAACAGUCGAGCUUUUCGGGCAGCAUGGAGAUCAUCGAGGUGUCCUGACACCCAUCGCGGGCGCUUGGAGAGCAACGGGGGGGGGGGAUAUUUAAGAUGGGGAGAGACGUGGGGAGGGCGGGUGGGGAGUAUUUAUACCCGUGUGCGCAUUUUCGGGAGCGCACAUGCCAAAACGAAAGCAAAGAGGAAUGAAUCCACAGUCAGGAAACAUCAUGGUGAAUGCUUAGUGUCCCCCCCGUUCCCAUCCUAGUCCCUCUCUCCUACCCCAGCCCUUGGGUACAUCACCCUGGGCUUUUGCACAUGGAGCGGUGACAGGAGAGCAGCCCUCAGAGCCCCGUGCUCAAAUUUGGGGUGUAAAAUUCAAGAGGGAAGGGGCAGGAAUUACAAUUUGGGGUCGGGAGGGUGAGCAGAGCCUGCUCCUGACUUGGGGGGGGACAUGGUCCCAUGGGGACGGGGCACAGCACCACUCCGUCAAAGUGGGGAAGGGGCAUCCCAGCCACCCCCUCCCUGCACCCCGGUGCACUAAGCAUGCGCCCCCGUGUUUCUCUGGCUGAGUAUCCUAAAGAUGCUGCACUAGAGCAGCCCUAUACAUAUAUAAAUAUAUAUUAUAUAUAAUAUAAAGAAAACACACACACACACACAAAGAAAAAAAAGGUAAAUGGUUUUACUGCGAUUUUUAUUGAGACGUAAAUAAUAUUUCAAUUUUUUGUUUUGUUUUUAAUUUAUUGAAGCUGUUUCAUUCUGGCAAUGAUUUGCAGACAAUGUGGGGCGGUACUUUCAGCUCUAUUUUUACUGUGUAUGGUAUUUAAAUCUGAAAUACGAGUUUCUAAGCAAUAUCUGAGGCCUGUGGCUCCUUCUAUAGCUCAUGUCGACGACAAAGAUUUUCCCCCAUUCCCUCCGGGUGCAGCGAAAAGGGGACAGAAAACUCUUCGGAGCACUUUUUCUAGAAAUGAACAAGUGAACAAGCAAGAUGUAAAAUCUUCUUGCAACACAAACUGAGCCAGAAAACUUCCCUUUCUGGAAGCUGCUGCCGCUUCUUCCCCUUUUCUUAGUCCCUGUUUACUUCUCCUCAUCCCCGCCCUGGCCAUUGUUCCCAUCCCAGACAUCAUUCCCAUCCCGAUCAUCAUCCCCAUCCCAGCCAUCGACCCCAUCCCAGUUGCUACCCCCUUCCCUCCCCUGGGCUGCCCUCCCUGGCAGGAGAGGAAGAGGAGGGAGUCACCCGAAAUGGAGGGAAGGGCACUGGGCAUCCCUGGGGAUGUGUGGGGAAGAGGAAGGCAUCCGAUGCCGCUGCAGCAUCAGGAGGGGAGGUCGCUGAUGGUUGGGAUUUCAUGGUGGGGGUGUUUUGCCUGCUGUCCCCAGCCCUGAAACUCCUGGGCUGAGUUUUUUUGGGGGGAAUGUGUUUGCGGGUGCUUCCCCCCUUCCCAGCUGCCCAUACUCAUGGGGAGCCAAGCCCUUGCCCCUCCAAAGCCCGACUUCAGGCUUGCUGAGAAGCUGCUUUCUGGAGCUGUAGGCACUGAGCUGCCUCUGCUGCAAAGCACAUCUCUCCCUGUGGCUGUCUUUGCUUUCUCCCUUGUCUCGCGCUAGUUUGCAAAGCUAAUACCUCAGGGGUCUCCGUUCGUGCGUGUCCGUGUCCUGUGUCAUCCUUUGAGCAAUUUUUCUUUUCUGGAUCCGCACAGUUUUUUUCUUCCUUCCCCUCGUUCCUCCUCUUGUUGUCCGUUUCUCUCUCUAGAUCCAGCUACACGUGACAAAAACAAGCAAUCUCAGGUUUAAAGGUGAACGCAGCCCAGAGGCACGCGGGGCUGCGAUGAUGUGCGGAGGGGCAGCUCACUCCAGCUGCCUGCUCCCUGAACUCCUCUGCCUCUGUGUGCAUGUCCACAGCCGAGGUGAGCCUCCCUGGAGGCUCCUUGCUGUCCUCGGCUUGGCUUUAUUUUUCCUGUUUUUUCAAAGAGGUCAUGCUGGGGAGCUCCCAUGUGCUCCCACAUGGUACCCCAAGGUCCCUUAAGAGCACACCAUCAUCCGUCAUUGCCUCCAGCAAACGCCUCAAACCAGCUGAGUCUUGCCAACCUGAACCUUGGAGUAGGUAGAAAGAGCGUUCCUCCUCCUGGCUGUGUGGCCACAAGUUAACCUGAUGGUUUGAGAGAGUGAUGAUGCUGGAAAAUUAGCGCCAGGGCUUUUCAGGCUUCGCCUGCUCAGUUUUCAGCCCCUCACAUCCUGCUCGUUGUUGCCUGCUCUGCCAACCUCAUCCUGACGACAACCUCAUCAACCUCAUUUACAAUCUACCCUUUCUGCCCGUCAUUUGUGCUGUGUUCUCAUUGGAACUUGAAAAAUUUCUCCCUCCUGGCCACAAAAGGUAGACAAAGUCAUUCUCUGCCCAUCGCCUCCUGCUGCUCUGGGUGGUGACACCUCUUCUUGAGCCCAUCCCGUGGUCCUCGAGUGUUGGUACCAGCUCAGGUCAGACAAAUUGUUGGCAGGAAUCUGUUAGGUGGGCUCUGGCCGGUGAAGGGGGGAGUAAGGGACUUCUCAAGUGAUUUAAUAGGAAAAGGACGACAACAGGUUGGCAUGGCCAUGUGGGAGGAUGACAGGAGGCAGUAGCAAGGGCUCGUAUAACUCAUCCUGUUAGCAGACGUGAUGUGCUACAGGAGCCAAAAAGCAGCUGGACUAAGUCAAGGAGGAAGGGGAGAGUGGUGUAGAUGAGACACUAAAUGUCUGCAAAGAAGCAGAUAUGUGGUUUGCGUUUUGUCAUCUCCACCCUGCCGUGCCCCUGGAUGCUCCUCAGCUCUGCUCGAGGCUCUGUGGGCUGCUCUCUCCUCUGAAACCAGAGCACACAGAAACCUUUUAAGACUCAUAGAUAGAUCAUAGCUGCCAGGAGACAUUCACCACCCACCUCUGCAGCCUUCCUUUGACGUAUUUCAUAUUCAUUCUUCCCCUUGAUGCUGGGUGUGUGCACCAGAAGCCCUCUCAUGUGCAAUAUUUUAAGGCUGCAUCCAGAAAACACCCCUUGACAGGGCAGCUCUGCCUGAUUGUCUAGUGCCAGUGCUGACCCAAAGCCAUGAGGGUCACCAAGGGGCUUGCAAUUAACUUCAGUGUUUUUUUUAAAUCAGGCUCUGCCUUGUGGACCACUUUGUCCGUGAACCAGAGAGUUACUGUGAGGAUGGACAUGUGGUCUGGUGGCCUUCCUCAUCAUCUCGUGGCCAAGCCUUUUUACGGGCUCUCCACCCCGAUCCAAUGAGGAUGGAUGCCCUUGUGGUGGCAGGAGUGAGGGCAGAGGAGAGGAAAGGUCCCUCCAGACCAACCCUCAGCUUUCCUUUAGGCUAGGGGGGACACGGUGCCCUUCCCUGAGCCCCAUGGCAGGACCUUUCCCACCCGCAGCUUGGAGGCUGAGCACAGCUGGAGGGAGGGCAGAGACCAGGUCGGCAACACCGAGCCAGAGGCUUGGGUUGGAGCAGGCUCGUCCCUAGCCUCGGCAGCAGUGUCCCCAGCCCCUGCUGCCUUCCCAGCCCUUCUCUUUGUUUCUUUGGACCUUCAUCCCUGUUAUGUCUGCCCCUUAGGAGACUGUGCCCCCACAGAACCCCCUCCCGCUGUCCUGUUCCCCCUACCACUCUUAAUACUAAUGAUAAUAAGCUAUCAGUGUUGUCAUUGCAAUCUAUGAAUGAUAGAUUUGAGUAUUUAUGAUUAUUAUUAUGAUUAUUACGGUUAUGAUUCUGUACUUUUUUGCUUCUUACUCUUUGUAUGUUGCUCCUUGUUUCUCUGUUGUGAAUAAACGCAAGGCCCCAUCACACCUUCUCUCUGCUCCCGAGCCAGAGGAGGCAAACGCUGCCCGGACAGACCCCUGUCGGAGGGUUUGGAGCGGGAUGUGUCCCAAGGGCAUAAGGACACCCGAACCCAGGGCAGACCCAUUCUCUUAACUCUUCCCUUCCCUCCCGCAGCUCCUCUCCCCCCCUCUGCUGCCUGUCUGCAAGGGGCAGGAACCCGCUGGCACCGAGGCCGGGGAGUUGCAUGGUGAAACGGUUCGAGUGUUAGCUUCGAGGGGCAUCCAGCUCACCGAGGCAGCUCCCUCCAGCUCGUGGUCCUCUCAACUUCUUCUCUGGCUGCACCUCGAGGCUGUAGCUUCACCUGGAGGGGAGCGGGGUGUGGGUCAGAGGGUUUGCCAAGCCCCCGCUCGCCCCGCUCAGCCCUGGUGCUCCGUCCCAGCGAGGUGCCCUGGGUUUUUCUGGUUUGAGCGGCCUCCCUCCACCUGGGACUGAUAAACCAGGGCACCGCAAGCAGGCAGAGACCAGUCCUUUUGUUUUUUUUAUCCCCAUCCUUACACAGCUCAGAGGUUGCGGGGAGACUGGAAGGGGAACAUUGUGCCAGGAGGAGACAUGAGGGGAAGGGAAGAGGAACCCCGUCUGCACCACGGUGUGAAAUGCCCUGCACCAUGUGCCCCAGGAGGGUCAGCCUGAUCCCAGGGGCUUAACGCAGCCCAGACACCGUCUGUCGUGACUUCGCCUCGUCGUGGGCUGGGCUCCUUCCCAUCGCCUCGUGCUGGACUCAUUCCUGGAGCUGCUCCGAGACCGUGCCGGAGCUCAGGUCUCGCCCCACUCUCCAGAUCCCAUGGGGAACCCCUGGGGUCUUGCUCCGGCAUCACCCUUCCUACCUCACCACGCUCGGGGCAGAUGGGGAGGGAGUGGGCAGGUGCCCCUCAGGCUUAGCUCCCGCCAGCAUCCCCGCAGGAUCGGGCCCUUCCCCAAAGACCACAGCAUGGGGAUGGGGUCUGCAUCCGCCACAGGGGUCCUGAGCAGGGAAGAGAUGCUCCGGACACCGGCCACACCAUGUUCCCUCCGUCACUGUCAGUGUGACCGAAGGCAGCUCCGUCCUGCCCCCUCGGACCCAGAGAGACACCCGGCCCCUGCCCCCUCUUUAUUUUAUUUAUUUCCAGCAGCUGCUAGCAGCAGGGCUUUUCUACCCUCUCUUUCUUUUCCUUUCUUUUUGUAUUUUGGAACGGCGUGUUGUAAUAAAUACCCAAAUAGGUGUUUUAA